UGAGGCCUCUGUAAAGCUGGGUGUGCUGCAGGAGGAGGAGGAGGCCUCCGGCCCCCCAAGCGCCGCCUCCCAUGGACACCAAGACACAGAGCCUGCCCAUCGCCCACACGCAGCCCCACGGCAACUCUCGGCCCCAAAGCCACACCUGCAGCCCGUGCAACUGCAGCUCUCACUGCCACAGCUGCGGCCAGACCUGCGGCCGGACCUGCGGCCAGAGCCGGAGCGGAAGCUGUAGCCGGAGCCGGACCUCCAGCCACAGCCCGACUGGCCCCCAGAGCCAGAGUCCCAGCCCCAGCCCACCUCCGAGGCACCAGAAACACAGCCAGCACUCCCGCCGCUGUCCCCCGCGGCCCACCACUCAUUCCUGCAGCUACCCCAAGAACAGAAAGAAUCUGGAAAGGAAGGUGAACAAGAGGAAGGUGGCCAGGAGGAGCCCGCAGGCGCAUAAAACAAAGAGGCGGAACUCAGGGCGGAAGUACGACUGAGACAGCCCCCUGCGGCUUGUUCCUGUGUUGGUUGCACCCCAAACAAGAAAUGCCAUCGACAAGCUAGAAGGAAGUCCAACUUUUUGCAAGAACAUGUCACUACAGUGAUUUCUAUGCAACGUUGAUUAAAGCUUGCAUGCUGGAUGACUGUC